GAAGCCAUCUGUUCUACGCACAGAUGGGUGAAGGGUAAUGUUAGAGUGUCAUGCACGCCAGAAACGGAUUCUCAACGAAAUAUACAAGGCAAGGUCCAGGUUAAGGCUACCACCGUUUCUUGCGCCACCCACCUCUUUCUUUUUUCUUCUCCCCCUCUCUACAACCUUUCUUUCCAAGUUCCAACACCCUCCACCAACCUCUCUUCCUUCCACGGCACAAACCGUAUUCUCUCCCAAGUCCCAGUUAUCAAAAAACUAAUAAAAAAGGAAGGAAAAAAAAAUAAAAAGCUGUAUUAUCUUCCUUCAUCUCAUCAAGAAAGUGAAAUCUUAGUAGGCCAGGAAUUAAUCAGCCUCAAAGACCGCUCUUCUCCCAAAUUUCUGUGGCUUCUCCUUCGUUGAAAUUCGCGAAAUUGGAGUCCCACAAAAAUUAUACAUGAAUUCAUCAUCUACCGCUGCUUGGCGGUUAAGUUUCGAUGAGAAACAAAAUUCAAGAGUUAUGGAAGAGAAGGUUGGUGGGUUUCAUCAAGCGUGUUUGUCUUUGCAGUCUGGCCAUGGAGGGUAUGGGGACAGUCAAAAUUGCUACAUGACGGAGGAAAAGGAGAUGGUGAUGGGCCUCGUUCAUUCUCACAAGUCCUGCCUCGACCUCGUGCAGAACUGCGAUCUCCCUCCACCCAUCAAAGUCUUUGCUGCAAUCGAUAGAACUUUCGCUUCUCCGUAUGUAUCCAUGACAUUUCAGAGAUUUCAAGGCAAGAUCAGCCGAGAAUACAGAGAGGAUUCUCCUACACUCCCAUGUGCGGGCCAAGAUGAGAAGCUGGGCUUGUUGAAAGCCUUGCAUCUGUCCCAGACUCGGGCAAGGGAAGCAGAGGAGAAGGCAGCACUUAUGGCCAAGGAGAGAGAUUGUUUGUCUAACUCACUUCUUGAGGAAUCAUUACAGUUAUUUGCCCACCGGCAGUGGGUGAAGCUGCUUGAGAUUGAGGUCUCACGAUUGCGGUCACAGAAGCAACAGCAGCAGAAACAAUCAUGUAGUGGCUGCUGCCAAUCGGACACAGAGCAGGGAGCAACGAAAGAGGAGAAGGAAGAAGGUGACGUGGGUAGCUUAACAUGGUACAUGGCUUUUGCACUAUGUUUGGGCAUUGCUGGAGUAGGAUUUGCUUUAGGCUAUGGAUACCUGUUUUGAA